AUGAAUGAAAACGAAAACUUGCCGGUUGCAUCAAAAGAGAUUGCACCAUGCACGGCAAAUCCAUCUGGCACGGAAAAUUUCCAUGAACAGUUUACCAAUACUGCUACCUCAUCCGGAGCCGCCGAUUCGGCUACCACUUCUAAAGACAUCAUCCCAGCGCUACAGCCAGCCUCAGUUGCACAAGAUCCAUGCAGCGAUUACGAUAGAAAAGAGCAACAUCCAACAGUCGAAGCUUCCACAUCGAUGUUAGCUGAUCCAGAGCGCAUGAUGGAGCCGGAGGAACGAUGUAGCAGCUUACGAGCCUUGGAAGCGAUGAGGGAAACGCAAGUCGGAUCAGAGGAUGUGACCGGGAGAGAGGAUGGACUUAUUCCUGUCAAUAAAGGUAUUGGAAAAUGCAUGGUCGGCGAGCAGGGAGGUGGAAAACGUGAUGUUUGUAUUGUAAGGAUGAAUGAAGACUGUGAAUGUAGUGUGUUUGUGCAAAGGCCACGAAUUGCAUGCAGUUCGGUCAUUUGUUGUGUGAUAUUAAAGUGA